AUGCUGCAGAGACAGAGCUGGGGGCUGGCGCUGUGUGUGAGCAUCACCCUCAGCUUCAGCCUCUCUGUGCUGUGGAGGCGUCAGAGCCCGGAGGCCAUGGGGAUGGACGCAGAGCAGUGCUGGGAGCUGGGGCAGGAACUGAUGACUCUCUCUCUCCGCCCCAGGCUGGACGAGGCCUGGAUCUGGAGGCGGCUGAAGCUGGUGCAGAGCUGCCCCUGGGUGCAUAACGCCAGCGCCCUGGGCUGGUACAGGGAGCAGCUGGGGCGCUGCUGUAACGCAUCGGCCAACUUGGUGCUGAGCCGGGACAACACCCCCCUGGGCUCCCGAAUUGUCUGUGAUGGGCAGCCAGCCAAGAAGCUGCUGGUGCGAGAGGAGUUGCUCGAGAUCCUGCCGCAGGGCUCCCCAUUUCAGGGCGUCCCCUACGACAGCUGCGCCGUGGUGGGGAACGGGGGGAUCCUUCGUAACAGCAGCUGUGGCCCCGAGAUCGACCGCGCCCAGUUCGUCAUCAGGUUCAACCUGCCCCGCGUGGACUUUGCCGCCGACGUGGGCACCAAAUCGAGUGUCGUCACCAUGAACCCCAGCAUCCUACACGCCCGGUUCCGGGGUCUGGGCCGCUGGCGCCGUCCCUUCGCGGAGGCGGUGGGUGCCUACGGGGCCGCGCUGCUCCUCGUCCCGGCCUUCAGCUUCGCCGCCUACACUGCGGUCUCGUUCCAGGCACUCUACACCCUGGAGGACUUUGGCUCCCCGGCCCGCACCCUCUUCAUGAACCCCGAGUACCUGGCACGGCUGGACGGGCACUGGCGCUCCCAUGGCCUGCGCCCCAACCGCCUCUCCUCCGGCUUCAUGUUGGUGAGCUCCGCCCUGGAGAUGUGCCGGCACCUCACCCUCUACGGCUUCUGGCCCUUCCCCAGCGACCCCGAGGGGCGGCCCCUGCCCCACCACUACUACGACAACCAGCCCCCCAGGUCGGGCGUUCACGCCAUGCCCGAGGAGUUCACCCGCUACCUGGGCAUGCACCUGCAGGGCGCGCUGCGGCUGCAUCUGGGGUGCUGCCAGGAGGGCCCAGCCGGCGGCCACACACAUCGAGGCUCGGAGAGGGGGUCUGAAAAGAGCCCCCCAACCGCUCAACUCCACCUUAGUCCCUCCUCGGGUGUGAAAGGAGGAGAAUAG